AUGUUUUACUUUGUUCCUGUAAGUAAAGAAUUAAUUGCCCAAAAAAACCGGCUUUCCCAAGAAUUAGCCGAAUUUGCUGAGCCAACACAACUAGAAAAUAAAGUUACUUUGCUAGAAAAUCAGAUUUUUGCCUCUUCGUCAAAUUAUCAAGAUCAAGAAAAAAUCACUCAAUUUAAACAAGAAUUAGCAAAAAUCGACCAAGAAUUCACAAAAUUAACUGAAGAGGAUGGUUCAAUUGAUUAUCAGGUUUUGGAAAAUUACCUCCAAGAACAGGGUUCAAAGGACGGUUUUCCAAAUAAAGAACACAAAAAGAAAAUUAAAGACUCACACGACGGAAGACAUUUGGCAAAAAACAUUUUAGAAGCCCAAGAAGAAAGGAUUUUUAACUACCACGACAGAAACUAUUUUGAAAAUUUCAUUGACCAAGAAUUAAAAAAAUCUCCGGCGGUGAAUGUUGACGAACUUGGCAUUUAUUCAUCUUAUGCCCAAGAAAUCAGUAAAAUAAAAAAAUUAGAAAGACUUGAAAAUUACUCAGAAAAAGUGAUUAACAAAAUUUACCAAGUACGAAAAAAACUGCAAGAAGAAAAAGAACAAGACUAUUUAUCUCAAACAAGACCAAUAGGAUUGAUUAAUGAUUUGUUAGAAAAAGCCAAAGAACUUGGCGAGAUCUCUUUAAAUGACGAGCAAAUUGAACUAAAACAAAUUCUCAAAAAAACUAUUGAUUCGCUAGACAUUUUAAGUGAUAUUAAGGGUUUCCAAAGGGAAUUUAAUAAUGUUGCUUCUACAAAACGAAAACAAGAAAUGCUCGAAAGAAUCCAAGGAGCAUUACAAAAACUAACUGAAAUAAGAGAGUUAACAGAAAAGGAAAUCAAAAUCAAAAAAAAAGUGGAACAAAAUUUUCGCUUAAUUAAACAAGGAAAAGAUACGCAAAAAUUUAUUCUAAUUAAUGAGCGGCAAGCCGAAAUUGAAUUGCUUACUUUAGAAAAAGAAUCCCAAGCAGAAGAUGGCUUUACGACCGAAAAUAAUAAUGACCAAGACUGA